AUGCACUCCUCGUCGCAUACGGAACUUUCCUAUUAUUGGCGGUUUCACACUCUCCGUUCACCUUGGCGAUCUCGCUCUUUCUUCGGAUCUGCGGUGUUAGAGAAUCGAUUUCUGAUAGUCUUUGGAGGUGUAGGAGGAGACCAGGAGUAUUUGAAUGAUGUCUGGAUUACGGAAGAUUUGUGGUCUUGGCGGCCUUUGACCAAGGGGACCAGUAGCAAGAUGUGGGCACCGCGUUGUGCGUUUGGUGUGGUUACAUUGCCAGGUGCAGCUUCAAUAAAUGCUGGAAAAAAUGAUGCGGGAGAACCACUGUAUACUUCAAAAACAAGUAAAAAUGGUGCAGGAUCCCUGCUCCUACUGGGAGGUCGCGGAGACAAGGGUCGUCUCUUUCGCGAUGUGUGGAUGUUGAAAAGAGCGAAACAUGAGCAUGAGAAGCAUGAUGAGUGGCACUGGGAACGUGUUACAAAAC